UUCAAACACAUUUUGAAUGCGGCUCGAACAGCAAACACUCAAAAUUCCAAAAAGCACUAGCCGGAGGCGAAUCAAUUGUUUUUAGCCUUUGACUUUCCACUCCCUUUGGGAACUAAUCGCAUCGUCUUCCAAAAUCCUGCCAUGGACGGAGGAGGGGACAACCAGCUGGCAGUGAGAUCCUUUCGCAGGCAACGCGAGGCCUUCUCCUUCUAUGCCGGCGAACCCGCCGAUAUCCUUCCAGCUCCUGAUCCUGCUCAAGGUGACGCAGUUGCCCUGCAAAUGGCUCUACAUGCCUUUAUCCUGGCAGAACUGGCCGAGGAUUCUGGUUUCGAGUCCGGUAGUGAGGGUGACUGA